AUGUCUCCAAAGAAUAUCUAUCACACGCUCGAGAUGCCGAACUCGAUACCAAUCCCACAGCUUGGUUUUGGCGUCUACCAAUCUCCCGAGUCGGUCUGCACCAAUUCAUGCCUCACGGCCCUCAAGGCUGGGUAUCGUCAUCUUGACACGGCGCAAUACUACGGCAAUGAGGUGCAAGUCGGGCAAGCAGUCCGACAGUCCGACCUAUCGCGAGAGGAGAUCUUCCUGACCACCAAAGUGCUUGUGGCGGAAGAUACCGUGGAGAAGACGCUGGAGAAAUGUAUCGACAGCGUCUCCAAGCUGGAUCCGGCCAGUGGCUACGUAGAUCUCUUUCUUAUUCACAGCCCCAAUGCGGGGCCUGAGAAGAGGAAAGUCAUGUGGCAAGCUCUUGAGAAGCUGCAGGACUUGGGCAAGACCAAGAGCAUUGGUGUGAGCAACUUUGGCAUCAAGCACAUCGAAGAGCUCAAGGGAUAUGCUACCGUGUGGCCGCCACAUGUCAACCAGAUUGAGUUGCACCCUUGGCUCCAGCAACGCGAAAUUGUGGACUGGUGCCACCGCCACGGGGUCAUUGUCGAGGCCUACUGCCCUCUUGUCCGUAACAUGAAGGCCAAAGACCCGACCUUGGUGCGAAUUGCUCAAAAACACUCGGUCUCCGUCAACCAGGUCUUGAUUCGUUACAGUCUGCAAAAGGGCUGGGUGCCCUUGCCCAAGAGCGAUACUCCCGAGCGCAUUGUUGCCAACGCCAAGGUGUUUGAUUUUGAGCUUGACGGCGAGGACAUGGCGGCGCUCGACGGCCUUGAUCAGGGUCCCGCAGGUGCGAUUGUGCAAGCGGUGGACAACUAA